ACUGCCAGGUUAGCAGAAGAGGCUUUAUCGCCACCUGUUGCAGUGGAGUCUGAAGCAAAGAUGGUGAAAACCUGCUUCAAUUUACCCAAAGAUUUUUUUUAUCUCCUGAAGUUCCUGGAUUUGGCACCUUGCUCAAUCAAAUGUUUUCAAACAUGCCAUUGCUUCGUAAAAGUAUGAACAGUGGGACGAAGAAGGCCUUGAUUGUGUCAGUGGGAGCAUUUCACAAGCCUGACCUGCCAUCUCGAAGUGGCUCCAAAAGAGAUACCAAGAGACUUCAUAAAAUUCUGACAAAACUGGGGUUCAAAGUCACUUUGUUAAAUGACCUGACAGCAGAAGAAAUUUAUGAAGAAUUUCAGAAUGCCAGCCGUGAACCAUUAGGGGAGUGUUUUCUUACUGUCAUAUCAAGCCAUGGCGAGGAGGGCAGAGUGUAUGGAGCAGACUGCAAACCAGUGAAGUUGGCAGACAUCUUUAGCUUUUUCGAUGGCCCCGCAACAAAAGCGAUACCCAAAUUGUUCUUUGUCCAGGCUUGUCGUGGUCAAAACCUGGAUGGUGGUGUUGAGGUUGACUCAGCGAUGACUACAGAGGAGGAGGAGGAAGAGUGUAGCUUCUCUACCUAUCUCUCAAUCCCAAAUGAGUCUGCAGUUUGUUUUGCCACAGCUCCAGGCUACGCUGCUUUUCUGAAUCUGACAGGUUCGGUAUUUCUGCAGACAUUGUGCGACAUUUUGGAAGAGGAGAAUGGCUGCAAUUUGGAAGUGAACCAAAUCGCCACACAGAUCAACUACAGAGUGGCGUAUCACUAUCAGGCAAAAGGACAAGAAUUGACGGGGAAGAAGGAAAUGCCAUGCUUUGUUAGUCGUCUCACCCUUCCAACUUUUCCUUUUGCAAAGAGUUGCAAAGAAAGGAGCUUCCCUCUAGCUAUUGAAGACUGUCACUCCAGCACCCUACACUGCAGCUCCUCCCGUAAAAAGUCAAUCAGCUAAGAUGGAAGGAUUCAGUUUAAGGGUGUAAUUUUGAUUAACAGACAGAUCACUGAAACAGACAAGAAAAUCUGUUAUGUAAUACUAAAACAGUUUCAUAUGCUGUACGUUUUUGAGGAAGUAAAACUCGCAGCAAAAAAAGAUCAAAGGCCUUCACAGAAGCAACCUGGAGCCUUUUGACAAACUGUGUCUCACUUCAUUGUGUGUGAUCAUCUCUACAGAGACCGAGAGAGAGAGACAUUAUGUAUGCAAAGAAAAUGUCUUCACAAUGUAUAAUUGUGGCAGACCUCGGAAUACAGGAUGGAUUGGCAGGGAGCCCUGGCUAUGUGAAUCCAAUCCAUCGUAUGCACUUUAAGACUCAUAUAAAGGCGAUGUGAGCAUUAACUACAGAUAAACACUGACGUUACAAAACAUAAUUUGCACGUUUGUGAAAAUACUGAUGCUUGAAAUAAACACUUUGUUACAGAGGAGCUCUUUGUGAUUCCACUGUAUUUUAGAUAGAAGAGGUUAGCAACACAAAGGAUCACAUUUUUCAGUUGAAAUGGCGAACACUGACAAGUGCUUUGAUUUUGCUUCCCUGCAUACUGUUAGCCACUACAGAGUAUAGAUUAUUUAUUUUCUAGCUAUUUAGCAAUAUUUGAAACUAGAUUAGAUAAACUUUAAUAAUUCCAAGGAGAGAAGAACUUCAUGUCCAGGGUUUGUUCCAGUCUUGCAUCUGAUGCCACCAGGUCUUGGUGGCCCAGAACCAGAUUAAGUGCACUUGAGUAUGAUAUUCUAUAUUUAUGAUGGUAAAUAUUGUAAUGCAGUCAUAAUUCUCAUUGUGUUUAUUUAUUAUUUUUCAUUUUAAUUGUGACGAAUAAGACUACCUCAUAAUUACUGAAGAAUUAAGCAAUUCCGGUAUUUUAUUUUUGAAAUCUUGAAUUUAUAAUGUCAUGCUGUUCAUUGAUGUUUUCUCUAGUAAAUGUCUUUUGUUUUUCCUCCACAAACCUUUGAUGGUGUUCUUGUGUGAACAUGACUGUCUCACAGCUCCAGAGACAUGGACUCAUGCCCCCUGUUCAGCUACUCUUUAUUUGAAAUUUCCCUAUCAUAAACCCUC